AUGUCAGAGACCUUACCUGCCAUACUUGCCUCCGAGCAACAGCUGAUCAACGAAGCCGCGGAAGCCCUCCCACACCAGUUCAAUACCUGUACGUACGCACUGGGCUAUAUCCGCCAAGCAGUUUACCUCUGCUUGACAUGUGCUCUGCCCCGAGGAAUCUGCUCUGCAUGCUCCGUCGCUUGCCAUACGGACCAUGAACAGGUCGAGCUCUUCCCGAAGCGCCAUUUCCGGUGCGACUGUCCGACAAGUGCCAUUCAGCACCCGUGCACGCUGCACAAGACGUGCGAAGCGGAGAAUACGGAGAACUCUUAUGGGCAGAACUUUAAGGCUACCUUCUGUCGGUGUGGAAGACCGUAUGAUGCGAACCAGGAGCGAGAAACAAUGGUUCAGUGUUUGUCAUGCGAGGACUGGUACCACGAGUCCUGUCUGAAUCUGCGCGAACGCCCGGACUCUCUGGAGUCCGUCCCGAAUUUAGGCUCUGUUUCAACAAGUGCAGUACAUGAUACUGUCUCCAACGCCGAGGCAGACGAAGCUGCGUCCGAGGUGUCCUCGUCGGGUCUACCUCCGCCGUUUCUCUCGGACACCGAUUAUGACACACUUAUAUGCCACACAUGUGUACUUUCGAGCUCAAUCUUCCGGCGUUGGGCAGGCACCAGCGGUGCGAUAAUGGUAGUUCGUGAUGACGUGGACGCCCCAUGGACGACUGUCGGCUGUCCCUCCGAGGAUAUACAGGUAGAAAUUUCAGGUGAAUCCGAGACAGUUACCGGACGCAGCUUAUCGGACCCCGGAAAGGAUCGAGCCAUUGCCGCUGGAGGUAAAAGAACUUUAGAAGCUGCACCUUCUGAAGCAUCCGAGGAGACACGCGCUAAGCGUCCUCGGACGAGUUCUGGAGGUGACGCUGGUGGAUCAGGUGUUGCUCAUUCAAUUGCAAAAUCCGUGUGCAUUGCUCCGCAACAACCGAGAAAGGCGCUUGAAGUACUAGAUGCUGUUUCUUCCAGUCGUCCUAAUUUUGACUUCGGUGCGGGAGACGUCUUCCUUACGGAUGGCUGGCGGACACGCUGGUGUCGAUGUGACAAUUGCCUCAUCUCACUAAUGGAACAAUCGUACCUUCUCGAAGAAGAGGAGACGUACGAGCCCCCGGAAGACCCAGAUUCUGGCUUCUCAUUAGAGGAACUAGGAAUCCGAGCUCUUCAAUCUCUCCCACGAGAACGGGCCAUCGAUGGUAUUAGAGCAUUCAACGAAAUGCGAGACGAGUUGCUGUCAUAUUUGCGGCCCUUCGCACAGGAAGGAAAGGUCGUAAAUGAGGCCGAUAUCCGUGCAUUCUUCGAGGAGAAAAAGGAGGCGCGACGUGCACAAGCCGAAGAAUGA